AUGUCUAAAGUCUCCACGAAGCCUGGCGUGAACCCGCUUUUGGCGAAAUACCUCGCACAGCUUGCGUCGCACCCUCUGCGCACGAAAGCGCUCACUGUCGGCGUGCUUUGUUUCCUGCAGGAGGUCUUAGCGAAUCACUUCGCGCGCGUCCCUUCUCCGAAGACGAAAUGGGUGGACCCGUGGUACAUCCACGCUCUCGCGAAGGCCAAGGUAGACUCGAAGGCUGUCAAGAUGGCUCUCUACGGCUUCUUGGUGAGCGCACCACUCGGGCAUGUGCUCGUCGGCGCAUUGCAGCGUGCGUUCGCAGGGCGGACGGGUCCUGGUGCGAAGGUUGGCCAGAUCGUCGCAAGCAACGCUAUUGUUGCGCCGAUUCAGGCCACUGUCUAUCUCGCAUGCAUGGCAGUCAUCAAUGGUGCGCGGGGAGCGGAUGAUGUGAUCAAGACAGUGAAGGCCGGCUUCAUGACCGUCGUGAAGGUCAUGUGGGUCAGUUCACCAUUGUCCAUGGCAUUUGCCCAGACAUUCCUCGCUCCCGAGAUGUGGGUGCCAUUCUUCAACCUUGUCAGCUUCACUGCAGGGACGUACUUCAACACGCGCGUCAAGCAGCUCAAGGUCGAGUCCGAGAAACGCAGGGCGGACGAGGCUAAGGGCAAGGGCAAGGACGAGUGA